GUCCCACAAAGAUCGGAUCUGUGGGCGAUACUUGCCUAUGCUUGUUCGGCCUGUUGCCAUAGUCACCGCUGAUAAUCAAAGAUAUCAUAGCCAUCAUGAAGAUUAACAAAUGCCUUUUUAUCAACGCCGCGUUCACUAAAGUCAACAAACGCUAUUACUAUGGACACGUUAUGUCGACAUAUAAACACGAGUAGAGCCUCUGUUGUGAUUAUCUUUCUUCUGCUUCAGACUGAGGGUAGCCUGGCCACGAGGUGCUUGGUGCACGCAACCGGGAGAUACAUCUACCGCUACUGUGACGACUGCUGCGACUCCGGCAGGAAUCGAAGAUGUUGCACGAACACAGCAGAUGUUAAUGACAGUUCCGUGGCAGUUGUUGGCGUGGUGUUCGGUUGUCUCAUUGGACUUCUAAUCCUUGGAAGUGGUUGUAUGUACGUGUAUAAGUGCUGUGUGGGGUCUGGUAAACCCAGCUCUGUACCACCCCCGGGCCUCACAAAUCCUCACCCCCAUAGCAUCACAACAGACCAUACGGAAGUCUGUGAACACCAUCUGGACCCUCCAGCGUAUACCCCUCCCGGCUCCCCUCCGCCGUACAGUCGUGACGGACCUACAGCUCCACCCUGCCGCACGCACGUGUCACCAUCAUCCCCCUGGACCAGCCAGGACAUGAGUGUCAUCGCACCAUCAUAUUCACCCCCACCCCCAUACACAGCAUCCCCUCACCCUACACAGACUCCUCACCCCAGCCAACACCGGCACGACCGGGGUAGUGGAAUCCAGGUCCUUCCUUAUGUUUAUUUUGAUAGCAUUUUUUACCAUGAUUUUUCCCGUCCAGAUAUUUGAUCACAAA